AUGAAUUUUUUAAAUUUAUUUGAUAAUUUAUUUUUUAAUAAAAAAGAAACAAAUGAUAAAAAAAAUACUAAAAUUAUUGUAUUUACUGGACCUAUUGGAGUCGGAAAAACCAAAUUAGCAAAUUUUUUAAAUGAAUAUUUGAUUGGUGGAGGAAAAAAAGUUUUUUUUGAUAUUGAGAUUACGAUGAAAAUAGAGAAAGAAUUAAAAAUGUAUUAUCAGUUUUUGGAAAAAGGUGUAAAAGAUCAAGGAAUAUCUUUUUGGUUUCAAGAUAAACUUAUUGAUGAAUAUAAAAAAUUUUAUAAUAAUAUUGAUUAUGAAAAAUAUGAUUAUGUGAUUUUUGAUCGAACACAUUUGGAUACUAAUUUUUUUACAAUCGCAACUAUCAAUAAGGAUCCGUAUAUAGAAAUAUGUUUGCCUUAUUUAAAAGAAAAAUUAGAUGAAAUUAGUUUUAGAGUUAAACCAGAUGUUAUCAAUGUUAGUGUUGAUAAAGAAAUUUCUAUUGAAAGAAUUUUAAAAAGAGAUCGUGAUAUUGAACAAAAAGUUGAUAUUGAUUAUUACGAAUUAAUUUAUGAUAUGUAUGAUAAUAUUGAUGAGAUUUAUGAAUUUUAUUAUUUGUUUAAUAAUAGUGAUGAAUUAGAUGAUAAUUUAUUAAAGAAAAAAAUUAUUGGUUUUUUUAAUCAUUAUAUUAAUUAA